AUGUGUCCUCGGUCCGGUCCUCAGCUCCACGGCUGCACCAAUGAGCGCCACCAGCGUCGAGGAUGCCCGUCCGCACUGACCGUCCCCCGCCCGAACCCCUGCGGGAAGGCCAAUCCCCGGUGCUCCCUGUUCAAGGCAGGGGUGGAGCGUGGCCGGAAGAUUAUGGAUUUCAUGUCUCCAGAGCGUGGCGGUCUGCACGCCGGGCCCUUGUCGCCGCCGCCGCCGCCGCCGCUGCCGCCGCCGCCACUGCAGAGCUUGUAG